GAUCAUUCGGCAGAUCGGCACUCAGUAAUCGGCGCGCGCCGAGUCGGCCGCCACGUCUCUAAUAAGUGUAUCAAACAAUAUUACCACUAAAAAUAUAAUAAAAUUGUUUUGUAUAACAGAAUUUUGAUUAUGAUAAUGGCGCACGAAUACAAGAGAUUUGUGGUUAUAAAAAUAUUAAGCCAGAGAAAUGAUGACCUUGAACAAUAUGUAUGUAUACCGAGGACUUGGAUAAAGGUGAAAGACUGUGAUAAUGACGACGUGGUGUUUGGAUAUCCUUCCGAACAAAGAGAUAAUAUUGCAAGAGUCAUUAACCAAUCCUUGGAUAAAAGAUGGCCUACAUUGUUUGGCGAAGUGGUACAUGAUACGGAUUCUCAAGAAGACGCUUUUCUAGUACAGAAAAACAACAAUUCUGGAGAUGAACAUAAAACUGAAGAUCAGUCAGACAAUAGUAAACCAGAAAAUAAAAAAACAAAAAUUACUUCAGAAAAAGAAAAAUCAUCUUCGAAAAAAAUUAAACGCAAACAAACUGAUUCUGGCGACAAGACGCAAAACAAACAAGCUAAAGCCAAAAGAAGCAAAGAUGCUGAGAUUAAACUGCAAAUAUCAAAACUAAUGGAAAUGUUAGGUACUUGUAAAGAUAGUGAUCGACAUGAAUCGCCAUCCUCAAGUUCAUCAGGAGAAUCUGAAGCUGAAGAAUCUGAAGCUGAAAAAUCUGAAGCUGAAGAAUCUGAAAGUAUAUCUAAUGAUACGGAAAUAGAAGAUAAUGAUACUCCCACAACAUCAAGAAGGUCUGCUCGAGCUCAGUCGUCUAAGCCUGAUGGCUAUUACCGCCAUAUCGAUGAUUUUUCAGAUUCAGGUUCAGAUUACGUUCCUGGCUAUGAAUUAAAUUCAAAAAAUAAAUUGACUGUAAAAAAAGGAAGAUCUAAGAAAACGGUUUCUGAAAGUAAUCGAUCAAAUCAGUCUGAACCGUCUGACAAUAAUGAAAAUGACGAUGUGGACAUUUCGGACACAAACCUAUGUCAAAUUAAUGUCGAAGUUCAUAAUCAAUGCAGAAACUUUUGUACCGAGUUUAAUGAAUCAUAUAAAAAAACGAUGUCAAUUUUAGACAAUACAGUUAAUUACUUUCAACAAGUAAUAAAUGAAAAUGAAAAAAUAUCGAAGGAAUCAAGGAAGAAGUCGAAAGACGAUAGGGAAAGAUUCAAAAAUACUUCUGAAUCACAGCCACCGUUUGAUGCAUCUAGUUACAGUACUGGAGAUACUAAAUGGACUAUUCUAUAUCCAGGGCCGUGUCCAGGUCUUGUAGAACUUAUGCCACACACAGGUGUUUAUGUUUCCAAAGAAGGUCUCAUUAAAUGCCAAAAGACAAACCAAGAUGCUACAAAAUUGGCCAGAGCUCUGCUUGAAGAAAUUUUUAAAGUGGAAGCUUUAUUCGUUUGUUCUUUUACCGGUAGUGUUCCCAAACGUGGUAGCAAGAAUAACUUGGAGGCCAGGCCAGGUCUGGAUGUGAAUGCAAGAGAUACCUUGGUACGUUAUGCCGAAGAGUAUGGGUAUGAAAUGAAUAUGGGGUAUUUAGAUGUGGUGUCUAUUAUUAACAGCAUAAAAAACCAAUUACAAAAGUACCACAGCCUAAGUCCUGAGGAAAAAAAUGACUUACUUAAAAAACAAGCAAGCUUAAAAGUGAAAUUUAUGAAAUAGCGUAUUUUUUGUUAUCAUUGUUAUCUAGUGUUAGUGUAUUUUGUCCAUUUGUUGUGAAAAGAGUGUGAAACUGACUGAUUGUAGGUUCUUACCUAAUUGAA